CCGCCCCUCCCCGGCUCUGACAUCACCGGCCAGUCGGGUGGGGUGAGGCGGUGCUGGGCUCAGGCUCAGCUCCACGGGCGGAAGAGGCGGCGGCGGCAGGAUCGGCGGCAGCGGUGGCAGGAGCCAAGGAGCAGGCUCCAGACGCUGCUUAGGAACCGGGGACCCGGGAGUGCCCGCACCCUGAGCUCUCAGCUCCGGAGGCGUCAUGGCAGAGUACGGGACUCUCCUUCAGGACCUGACCAACAACAUCACCCUCGAGGAUCUGGAACAGCUCAAGUCAGCCUGCAAGGAGGACAUCCCCAGUGAGAAGAGUGAAGAGAUCACCACAGGCAGUGCCUGGUUUAGCUUCCUGGAGAGCCACAACAAGCUGGACAAAGACAACCUCUCCUACAUUGAGCACAUCUUUGAGAUAUCCCGCCGUCCUGACCUACUCACUAUGGUGGUUGACUACAGAACCCGUGUGCUGAAGAUCAGUGAGGAGGAUGAGCUGGACACCAAGCUAACCCGUAUCCCCAGUGCCAAGAAGUACAAAGACAUUAUCCGGCAGCCCUCUGAAGAAGAAAUCAUCAAAUUGGCUCCCCCACCAAAGAAGGCCUGAGCAAGGGGGAGGAAGAGGAGGAAGGUUGGAUCUUCAUCAGACCACUCCCUUCCCCAUCCUCAAUGGGAGGGGCUAGGGCAACCCCCUGCUCCGUACCCAUUUACUAACUUGGUCCUAACCCUUACUAUGCGCGUGUGUGUGCGUGUGCGCACGCUCUGGCUGUCUGUCUGUCUAGCUCACCUAGUUCCUCCUCCUCACGAGGGGAUUGGAGUCAAGGGAGGGGAGCUUAAUUCCCCCCACUGUAGGGGGAGGUGGAUGCUUUUUCUAUGUAAACAGAAACUGGCACAUCCCUCCUCCUCCCCUUUCCUCCACUCUUCGCCCACAUCUUUAUGGAAGCAGAAAGGACCUGCAUUUUCCUAUACUGAGGAGCUAUGGUGAAGAUGAGGUAUGGGAGAGAUGGUUCUAUCUAAAGAGAACCAGUGGGGAAGGAAGGUAAAGAGGCUGCUCAACCUCCACCUGGUAAGGGGCAAAGAAAAGCCAGAAUUCAGUGUUUGUAUCUCUAUGCUGGACUGGUCAGAAUCCAGCUUCCCGCUAUUCCCUAGGCUGAGGCCCUGCGUGCCAAUGGGCCCUCCUUUAUGCCCUUGUUAUGGGCCCCGGGAUGCGGAUGAGCCAGAAAUCUUAAUGAGAAGACCACUCGAUCCUUUCCUGGUCCCAAAGAUCAAACCCCAAUAGAGAAGCCAGCAUUUAAUGUCCCCCCAACUUCUGCUCUGGAGAGACUAUGCUGGGACCAUGCACUACUGAGCCUGAGCUAGGGAUGCAGGCAGAGACUGGCCCACUCUCUGCUCCUCAGUUUCUAAAUACAGACUGUUGGAUAGACUGACCCGGAGCCUAGGGAGAUUGGAGAGUGAGAUCCUUAGGUUAUAACCCCAACCUGCCCACAACCUACAGAGUAUUAUAGGCAACCUUCCCACCCUCUAGUUUAGAAUUCACCAAGCAAGAAAUAAGUUACAGUGUUUCCUUUGCACUGACUACUACCCCAGUUCAAUCCAGGAAGGGAAUUGGUAACCUUUCUCAUUUGGGUUUGUGGAUGCCACACAGCCGAGUCACUAGAGUCCAGUGAGUGAACCCAGCCUCCUUCCUGUCCCAAGACGCCCUUCCCCAUCUUGACCGUGCUAACUGUGUGUACAUAUAUAUUCUACAUAUAUGUAUAUUAAACCCGCACUGCCAUGUCUGCCCUUUCUUGUGGUUCUUAGCAUUAACUUAUUGUCUAGGCCAGAGCGGGAGGAGGGGGUGCCACAGAGAGGGAGUGGCAGAGCCAAAUUGUUACAAAGUCCAAACAGAAAAGAAAACAUUUCAACCAACCACAACAAACAUUACAUUUACAUUUGAGCUAAGAGACAAUUUAGAGAAAGUUGAAGGGUAGGAGCUUUUAGGAUGUGGGAGCAAAACUUCACAGGGAGGGGACGACUGGCUGUCAGAAGAGGGUCCUUGAAGCCAGAUUGGCUAGAGCACCCUCAAUUCCUAGCUGAGCCCAGUCUGCCCAUCUCCUCUGGCCACUGCUGCAGACACCUGCCUUAACACUCACACCUCCAAGACUCCAGUUUUGCCUUAAAGGUCCUUCCUAAUUCUCCCGAGUCCUGCCUGGCCAUCUCCUUUAAGAUAAGAAGUCCUUGUACAACUGGGAGAAAGGAACUAUGGGUAACAUCCUUCCAUCUGGGGUGUUCGGCACUUUCCUUAUGGAGGAAAGAAGAGAGAGAGGGUGCUUCUCAGCAGCUCCUCUGUAAGGCAAAACCCAAACCUUAAACAGACUAACCUGUCCUAACACACUCACCCACCCUGCUACCCUUGUGCUGCUGUGAGGCUGCUCCUAGCCUGUGCUCCCCUGUCUGCAGCAUGCACGGCCUUGUUCUAACCCUGGAAUAAAGGUGACUGACUGUACUGUA